UGCUCAUCGCCAUGGAGUUGCCGCAGCAGCACCUUUGGGGGCUCGGGCAAGCGACGGGAGCCGGGAUCUGAGCGAGCACCGGGGCCAGCGGAUCCGGAGCCGCCGGGACAUGGUUGCAGAUCUGACCUCUUCUGAACACUUGGCCGUGUCUCCAUUCCUGGGACUCUGAACCCAGCAGCUGGACCACUUUGUCCUUGGGAUUUCGGGUGUCCUCGCUUCUCACCUUUCCCUUUCCCCCUCUUCUCUCCCACCUCCUGAGAACUCCUGAAGACUGUAGGAUUGUCAUGGAGUCCAGGGAAAUCUUAAGCACCUCCCGGCAAAGGGGGGACGAGUCGGAAUUCCUGCCUGUCUCCUCAGCCAAGCCACCGACUGCUCCCGGCUGUGCAGGAGAAUCUUUGCUCUCUGCUCCAGGACCUGGGAAGGGGAUCCCAGUGGGCGGAGAACGCAUGGAGCCAGAGGAGGAGGAUGAACUGGGCUCAGGGCAGGAUGUGGAUUCCAACUCAAAUGCAGACAGUGAGAAAUGGGUUGCAGGAGAUGGCCUGGAAGAACAGGAAUUUUCUAUCAAGGAGGCAAACUUUACAGAGGGGAGUCUGAAGCUGAAGAUUCAGACCACCAAGCGGGCUAAGAAACCCCCAAAGAAUCUGGAGAACUAUAUAUGCCCCCCUGAGAUCAAGAUCACCAUUAAGCAGUCUGGCGACCAGAAGGUGUCCCGUGCUGGGAAAAAUAGCAAAGCCACGAAGGAGGAGGAAAGAAGCCACUCCAAAAAGAAGGUAGGGAGCCCCGUUUUGUAGGGUUUUUUUGUUAAUUCAUUUUUGCCACACACACCCCCUCCCAGCUAUUAAAGGUCUGUUUGAUUAUUACUUAUUUAUUUUGGAAUUAUCAAUCUCUUUGAUGGAACACUUAACACCCUCCAGAAGAAAUGCCUCUGAUAUCUUGGUACAGUGUCUAAUUUAUUAUUAUAUCUUCUACCCACAUG